AUGAAACCCAAAUCAUCCCUCCUCAUCUUCUUCUUUUUCGUCUCAACCCUCAUGGGUACAGCGACCGCAGGUCCAAUCGCUUAUGGUAUUUGUCAAAGUGGGUGUGCGGCGGUGGUAAUGGCUUGUUAUGCGGCGGGGGGUGCGACGUGGGGCGCAACUCUAGGUGCAACAGCGCCAGCAACGAUCGUGGCGUGUAAUACGGCGUUUGGGGUUUGUAGUGCGAAGUGUUGGGUGGCUGCGGCGUUGCCUUUUUUUUAG